UACAAGUCGUUCCAAUUGAUAAAACUUGACAAUAGUAAGUCCUUAAUCUCCGAUAAAGACCGCAGUGAUAAUUUCCCCAAUUAAUGAACACAUUGUUUAAAGUGGUGCUUGAGAGAACGUUGUUGAAAAAAAAGCCAGAAUGUCUACACCUACUUCGAUUGACGAUUUAAAGAGCGAUUUCGUGAUAGGCGUGAGUGUUGUGGGAGGUGUUUGUGUGCUUUUGACUUGUGCAGUGAUCGGUCUUUUUGUGUGGAAUCUCCGACUGUACCGAAAAAUCCAAAAGUUGGAUCCUUUUGUCAACUUCAAGCUUCAGAGGCCUAAAAAAGUGAACAAUGACCAACAACAACGCCAACCUACGACUUUCCCAUCAAGGGACGAUUUUGUAACAGUUUACGACAAUUCUGGAUUUGAAAGAAAUAAGGAAGAAAGACGCAAUUUGAACCCGAUUGCGUUGAGGAGUAAAGCGAGUUUUGAUAAUGAAAACUUCAGUUUUGGCUCAAAUAAAUUAUCAUUGAAUUCGUUCAGACAACCGGAUUACCUGCAUUUAGAUAAUAGGUUUUACUAACACCUGGAAUUUUAUCUCGUAUUGAAGCACUAAGCCCUAACUUUACUCAUUUUUUAUUGUAUUUAUUGCUUUUAUUAUUUAUUUGUCAAUAAAAUUGUUCGAUUUGAA